GAGAGCAAGCAAGCGAGCGAGCAAGCGAGCGAGGAGCUGGGAGCCGAGGCUCAGGCAAUGCUCAACAACCCUGGAUGUAGCUGAGGAGAGAGAGCACGCAUCGACUCCGAAGAUCAGCCCCAAUGAACAUGUCAGUGUUGACUUUACAAGAAUACGAAUUCGAAAAGCAGUUCAACGUGAAUGAAGCCAUCCAAUGGAUGCAGGAAAACUGGAAGAAAUCAUUCCUGUUUUCUGCACUGUAUGCUGCCUUUAUAUUUGGUGGUCGGCACCUAAUGAACAAACGGGCAAAGUUUGAACUGAGAAAGCCAUUAGUGCUCUGGUCUCUGACCCUCGCUGUCUUCAGUACAUUCGGUGCUCUUCGAACUGGUGCUUACAUGGUGUACAUAUUGAUGACCAAAGGACUGAAACAGUCAGUUUGUGACCAGGGUUUUUACAAUGGACCCAUCAGCAAAUUCUGGGCUUACGCCUUUGUGCUAAGCAAAGCACCGGAACUAGGAGAUACAAUCUUCAUUAUCUUGAGGAAGCAGAAGUUGAUCUUCCUGCACUGGUACCACCACAUCACUGUGCUCCUGUACUCUUGGUACUCCUACAAAGACAUGGUGGCCGGGGGUGGUUGGUUCAUGACGAUGAACUAUGGCGUGCAUGCCGUGAUGUACACUUACUAUGCCUUGAGGGCUGCGGGUUUCCGUGUCUCUCGGAAGUUUGCCAUGUUCAUCACCUUGUCCCAGAUCACUCAGAUGCUCAUGGGCUGUGUGAUUAACUACCUAGUCUUCUCCUGGAUGCAGCAUGACCAGUGUUACUCUCACUUUCAGAACAUCUUCUGGUCCUCACUCAUGUACCUCAGCUACUUCGUACUCUUCUGCCAUUUCUUCUUUGAGGCCUACAUCGGCAAAAUGAGGAAAACAACCAAGGCUGAAUAGUGGUGGAACUGAGGAGGCAGCCAUAGCUCAGGGUCAUCAAGUAAAAAAAAAAAACAAAAACAAAAAUGAAACAAAAAAAAAACAAACAAAAAAAACCAACCAGACAAAAGAAAAUGGCACAAGGAAAUAUCACAUAUGGUGCAGCUAAAACAAAACAACAUACAAGCAGACACACAAACCCAAGCAGCGUGAGAAUAAUUAGGUUGACCUAACCCAGUAAGUUUAUGACCCUUUUUUUGGGGUGAGGACUCACUGAGUACCCCCUCUAUCUCAAAGCACUGCUGCUGGGGGCGGGCAAGGUCUCCCCCCCCCCACUUUUAAUCUGUCAACCCUAGGAUAAAUGUAAGCAAAAGGGAGCCAGAGGCAGAAAGACUAAUAGAAAGCAAGCAAAGGCUAUUAACACCAUAUGAAGAAGGAAAAAAAAGGUCUUUACUAAGUGUUGUAUUUCUCUAAGGAUGGAAGAAUUGUACUUUAAAACUGUGCGAGCACACACACACACACAAUCUUUCUAAUAUUUUUCAACAUGAACCUGAAGCCCAUAGAAAUGAUAACAGUGGAAGAUACACAGGGUUUAUAUCUAGAAUAAAUAUGCUUUUUGCAGAAAUUAAAGCCUUUUAAGAAAAUUUAGCUGUUGUAGCUUCCUGAGAAAAGAUGUCUUAAUCUUUUUUUUCUCUCUUUUAAUUUCAACUGAGGAGAAAAAAAAACCCCAAAUCAACAUUUCUCUCUCACUGAAGAAAAGCCUCAGGCUAAUGAAUUUGCCAUAACUAAACAGGGCACAAUAGUUUUCCACGGUUCUUUUUUCCUUUUCUUUUCUGGAAGGAUGGAAACAAUUCAGCCUUGGUCCUAAAGGAAUCUCUCCACUACAGAGCAUUGCUUGUCAUCAAAUGGUAAUAUUUACUCUUUAUUAAAUUAAAGUUAGCAUUUUUGCCUUUGUUCCAUUGCCCCAGACUUGAGCAGGAGAGUAAAUACAAUUGAAUCGAAGCAAUGAAAGUGCAAGCAAUUAACUUGAAAAUGGAACCCUUGCUAUCCAUACAAAGGCUCAGCACAUUGCCACUGGAGCUGAGUAAGGGACAUAGCUGAAGAUCCAUCCACUAAACUGGAAAUAUAUGUACACCCGCCCUAGUUGACUUUACAUGUAUUCCUGACUUUCCAAAUGAAGCCCUAUGGAACAAACUAUGCUUUUCUAUAUUUUUGUGACUUUCAAGAAGAAAUCUGCAGAGCUCUCUGCCUGAUUUUGGAUGAACACUGUGGUUCUGCAUCUGCAUUUGCUCCCCAAGCAAUGCAGAGGUGUUUAAAGUGCCCUCUGCUGGCCGAGUGGAGAUACUUCAACAAAUCCUUCAUGACAAGUGUGGCUAAAAGCAAUGGACAACAAACAGCUCCCCGCCCACCAUAGAUUAAUUCCUCACAUCCGAAAUGAUAUCAGAGUACUCAUCCUAUUUUUGGGUAAACCAGAAGAUAUCCUUUCUGCUUCAAGUCGGCUUCAGAAGUUUUUGUUUGUUUGUUUGUUUUAAGGGGACUUGUUGCUCUGGAACUCAGAAAAUCAAUUUACUAAGAGCCAUAUUCUUUAAGAGAAAAAAAAUUAAAAAGCUAGAUAAUAUUAAGUGUAAUAUUUCAGUCCUCUACAAGCCAAAUAAAUGUGUCAACAUUCCUAGUAUUUCAAAGAAGCAAUUAUGUAAAGUUGUUCAGUGUGAUAUCAUAGUAUUUCUAAUUGGUUAAGUAGCUUAAUGAUUAGGCUUGCUAGAUGAAAAGAUUAGAGGUUACUUCAGUGCAUAGAUUAUACACAGAUAACCACACAUAUGUACACACAAAUGUGGGAUACACUGAACUUCAAAGCCCAAACGAAUAGUAACACAUUUUCUGGCUAGCAGAAACUGUCGUUUUAUGUUUCUUGCUUUAUUUGAUAGUGUACAGUCAAAGGGAUUUUUUUUCCAGAUUAUUUUUAUAUUAUUUUAGCUUUAAUUGUGCCAUCAUUCGUGACACGGCUGUUGUGCUUUUCUGUCAGAGAUGGCAAGGGCUAUGUCAGCAUCUUGUUUCCGUGUGGAAUUUUAAAGAGAAUAAAGUUUUAUUCCAUUCUGUGUGAAUGGCUGAACUGGUGGAGCAAGAAUCCAUGCUAAUCAAGCCAUGACCGAAAGGACUGGGGAGAGAGCUCUUGUGCCUGCAUUAAGUGAGUGUGAACAGUUUCGUAUGGUGUCUUGGUGUUGGUUUGUACAUGAGAUAAUUGCUUGACCGGAGGGAUGUGUCUUUAUUAGGGCAAAGGUAGGUGUGCUGUAAUAACUAAGCUGCAAAUGUUCUUUUGAGCUUUGCAAACACUUGAUUCUGUGCAGUACAUCUCCUCUCAUAGUAGAAAAUAAACAGAAUAAUCAAAAUGAGAAAAGGCCCACAUACUAAUUCCCUUGAGUUUCACUGAAAGACCAGCAAGAAGCUCACCUGAUGGUUGAUUAUUUAAUUCAAUGACUUAUGGUAGGAGCUAUACUACAAUAUGGAAAUGAGCCCCCUGGUCCCCCUUCCCCCCCAAAAAAAGGGACUAAAUCAAGUUUCCAGAAGCAUUUUCAUUUCUAUGUUGGGGUCAUGCUGUCAUUUGAAAACAACUUAAAAUCUUUUGUCUGCAGGUUGAAUGGUCUGGUAAGUUGUUUUUAAACUAGCUAAAUAUAUCUUAAAAGAAUUUUUGAUAGUUAUCAUGGGGGGGGGGAGCCACACAUUUAAAAACAGAAUUCUGGUCUGACAGGUUCAGUAUACUGUUUUUAACAUCUCGCUUAGCUACUUUAAUUACAUUGAGAUAAGAGGCCGGAUCCCUGGCCCAUGACACAUCUGAAACAUACCAGACAAUUGACUGCCACAGAAUAUCCUGCUGUCAGUGAACAUUCCAGAAAAACCUGGGCAGACAAGUUUAGAGCUGCCCCCACUAAGCUGUAAUAGGUUAUCUUUUCUAUUAGAAAAUUCCCACUGCAUUCCAGUCCCAGAGUGGCAAAAACAUUCCUUUAUUAGUGAGAACAAUAUCUUGCUACAUAUAUAUGCAUAUAUAUAUAUAUGUUUAAUACACUAGGUCUGAGCUUCAACUACAUGAGUUUGCAAAGAAAUUCUAGCAUAAAACACUCCCCGGUUUUUGUUGCUUAUAACAAUGAUUGCAUAUUUAUUGUAUUUAUAUCCAAUGCCAGGCAAAAGUAUUCAAUUAAAAUCAUGGGUUAUGGUUCUUAUUGCAAGUAACUUAUUCUCUUUUUUAUUUUUUCUAAUCAUACCUCACUGUAAAAAUUAGGGGCAGGGGAGGGACACAGAUGUGUGGGGCCUCUCAAUUUACAUGAAGAGACUUGAUUAGUCUUGGUUCAUCUUGGCUCAGCCAGACAAUUCAGGUGGCCAGUUUUUGUAGAAUGAAUAUUCUGCAACAACUAAGAUUCUUAGGAUGCAAAUGUUCCAAGGGGAAUAAAUCUAGGAAAGAAACUCAUUUUUUAAAAUAAAUAAUCACAUGUAGCAUUUUCAUGAUAAGCUGUCACAUCAGAGUCUUACAUGGGAGUCGAAUGUUCUAGAAGUUUGGCUCUGUUCCCAACCUGCUAAAUGUCCUGGGAGAGAGAGCAUACUCAAGUUACUGUCUUUCCCUUACUCUGACAGAGCAGGCUCUUACUCAGAGAGCCUGGCACACAAGACAAGUCAGUUAGCUACCCCACGCUGGGGAUUCAAAUUUGGAUGGUGAUUUCUUUUAAUACAGCUGUUAGAUUGGCCAGCUGCUGGUUGACUGAGAUGCUAAUAGAGUGGACCUCAUCUUUCAGAGUUCAGAGCUUUAAGUUUGUAUGGGCAUGGGGAUGGCCAAGACACCUCAAACGAUAUUCAGCCUGCCUAACAAGUCAGAUUGGAUGAAAAUACUAUGACAAAAGUCCAUAACUUUUUCCAGUAGUCCAAAAUGUCUUU